GUAGAAGGACCUGUUUGCAAACUACGAGGAAGACGGGAAUAUCCAAUGUUUGCAAAGGAUGGAGAUAUAAUACUGGGUGGCAUAUUUUUGUUUCAUGGACUUAUGGCUGAAAAACAGUCUUUUAAAACAAUGCCAAAUCCAGCACAAUGCAAAGGCUUAAAUCUCAAAGAAUUCCAAUAUGCUCAAACAAUGGUUUUUGCCAUUGAAGAAAUAAAUAACAGAACAGAUAUACUUCCAAAUGUUGCCCUGGGAUAUAAGUUAUUUGACGGAUGUGGAUCAAUACAUAUGGUUAUAAAAGCGGCUAUGGCAUUAAUGAAUGGACAGGAUGAAGAAGUUUCACUUGACACCUCUUGUACUAAACCAUCCACUGUUGCAAUCAUAGGAGUAUCUGAAUCACCUCAGAGCAUCGGUGUAGCCACAACAAUUAGAUCAUUUAACAUACCACUGGUAAGUCAUUUUGCAACCUGUGCUUGCCUUAGCAACAAAAAGGAGUUUCCAACCUUUUCCAGGACAAUACCAAGUGACUACUAUCAGAGCAGAGCUCUAGCCCAGUUGGUCAAGCACUUUGGAUGGACUUGGGUUGGUGCAAUCCGAAGUGAUAAUGAUUAUGGGAACUUUGGUAUGGCCACAUUUGUGCAGGCUGCACAACAACAGGGAAUUUGCAUUGAAUAUUCAGAAACCAUUUACCGAACAAACCCAAGAGACAACUUUCUCAGAGUUGUAGACAUAAUAAAAGCGUCCACAUCAAAGGUCAUUGUUGCAUUUGCCUAUUUUAUGGACAUGGAAAUGCUAAUGAAAGAGUUGUUUAUUCAGAGGGUGACUGGUCUGCAGUGGAUAGGCACUGAAGCCUGGAUAUCUGCUAGCACUCUUGCAACAGGUGAAAGCUACCAGAUUCUGGGUGGUGCAGUUGGAUUUGCUAUUAGCAAUGCGGUUAUACCUGGCCUUAGGGAAUUUUUACUUAAUGUACGCCCAUCUGCAACCUCUGAAAACAAUGGUUUAAAUGAGUUAUGGGAAAACACAUUUAGUUGCUCCUUAAAUAGUAAAGACAAGCCUGGAGGAACUAAUUUAUGUACAGGAUCUGAACAAUUAGAAAAUGUAAAUAAUGACUACACAGAUGUCUCGGAACUCAGAAUCACCAACAAUGUAUAUAAAGCUGUGUAUUCUGUGGCUCACUCAAUACAGAAUAUAAUUAAGUGCCAAAGUGCACUGGAACAUAUUUUAAACAUCACAUGUGCAAACCAGCUAAGAAUCGAUCCCUUCCAGGUUUUGCAGCAUCUGAAAACAGUUAACUUCACUACCAAAAAUGGGGAAAAGGUGUAUUUUGAUGAAAACGGUGACCCUUCUGCAAGAUAUGAAUUAAUUAAUUGGCACCAUAAUGAAGAUGGUACCAUCAAAUUUGUAACAGUUGGUUUCUAUGAUGCAUCUUUGCCACAAGAACAGCAGUUCAUAAUGAACAAUAACAGUAUAGUAUGGGCAGGUAAUAAGACUAAGGUACCAAAAUCAGUAUGCAGUGAAAGUUGCCCAGUAGGCACUCGCAAGGCUGCACAGAAGGGAAGGCCUAUUUGCUGUUUUGACUGCAUACCCUGUGCUGAAGGAGAAAUCAGUAAUGUCACAGAUUCUUUUGACUGCAUUGUUUGCCCUUUGACAUAUAAAACGAAUGAGCUGCGAGACCAAUGUAUUUUGAAGGAGACUGAGUUUCUUUUGUUUAGUGAACUGAUGGGUUCAUUACUGGUAGCAUUUUCACUGCUUGGCACUUGCAUCACAGUUGCGAUAGCAAUUACUUUUUUUUACUUCAGAGACACACCUAUCGUUAAAGCAAAUAACUCAGAAUUAAGUUUUCUUCUACUUUUUUCACUUACGCUUUGUUUCCUGUGUUCUUUGACUUUCAUUGGUCAACCCUCUGAAUUGUCCUGUAUGUUACGCCACACAGCAUUUGGGAUUGCAUUUGUCUUGUGCAUUUCUUGUGUACUUGGAAAAACUAUAGUGGUGCUAAUGGCAUUUAAGGCUACUUUUCCUGGCACUAAUGUUAUGAAAUGGUUUGGGCCCAGUCAACAGAGGUUAAGUGUAUGCAGUUUCACACUCAUUCAAGUCCUGAUAUGUUCUCUGUGGUUAAUAAUUUCACCUCCUUUUCCCAACAAAAACAUGAAAUCAUAUAAAGACAAAAUAAUUUUGGAAUGCCAUGUAGGAUCAGCCUUGGCAUUUUAUUCGGUACUCGGUUACAUUGGAUGUCUUUCAUUCAUCUGCUUUAUUCUUGCAUUUCUGGCUCGUAAACUCCCCGAUAAAUUCAAUGAGGCUAAGUAUAUUACAUUUAGCAUGCUUAUAUUUUGUGCUGUCUGGAUAACUUUUAUUCCAGCCUAUAUUAGUUCCCCCGGAAAAUAUACAGUUGCCAUUGAAAUAUUUGCUAUCCUGGCUUCUAGUUUCAGUUUGCUUUUUUGUAUUUUUAUUCCGAAAUGUUAUAUAUUAUUACUAAAACCUGAGAAGAACACAAAAAGGCACUUAAUGGGUAAAGUGAAAACAAAUCAGUAG